AUUAGACAAUCUGCCAGAUGUAUCUUUAUCCACCUUAACGCUGUCUUCAACUCCUGAGCCUAGACAUCAGACUAAGAAACCAUCAAAAAUCUAGAUCCUCUCACAAACCAGUCUGGAAAGAUUAUAUGUACAAAGCGGAUAGAGAACAAGACCGUGUUUACCUUGCCAGACUUGAGAACCGACACAAUUACCUGAAGAAUCCACGCUUUUUCCCACCAAAUACUCUUAAUGGAGGAAAAUCUCUUAUUUUUCCUCAGAAGAAGGUAGAGCGAAUGAUAACAGGGAGAAAAGUGGCAUUUGAUGAAAGUGAUCCUCAAUCUGUUCCUGUAUUUCUAGCUACCCCACCUGCUGUUGCGUUUUCUGAGUAUGAAGUUGGUCAGGUUUAUGAGAUGACUAUAGAGCUGCAGAACAUGACUUCAGUGUGUCGCCAUGUAAGAGUCAUUCCUCCAUCUACUUCAGCCUUUGCCAUUGGACUGGGAAAAUUUCCAGGAGAGGGUGGAAUUGUCGCUCCUGGGAUGACUUGCCAGUACACCAUUCAGUUUAUUCCUGAAUAUUUAGCUGAUUAUGAAGAUUAUAUUCUAGUGGAGACGCAAGCACCAUACUCUCUCCUAAUCCCUAUAGAAGCUAGGAGACCACCUCCUGUAUUAACAUUGCCUCGCAGCAUCCAUUGUGGUUCCUGCCUUGUGGGGGGAAUAAAAAGGACAGAACUUGUGUGCAGAAAUGAAGGGUCCAGUAAUGGAAAGUUCUGUAUAAUGCCAAAGAAAGUGUGGCCACCUCCUAAUUUCAGAGCUGUUGCAACUAUUGGUUUUGUGGAGCAAGGUCCAUUUGGGAUCCGACCUGCUGUUUUUGAGCUAGGUCCAGAUCAAGCUAUUUUAUUAGAGGUAGUGUUUUCCCCAUCUUCUCCUGAAAACCUGAAGCAAACAUUCACUAUUGUUUGUGAUAAUUGCCAGAUCAAUGACAUCACAGUUACAGGAAGUGGACAGCUGAUCGCUUUAGAGCUUUUAUCUGUCACUGGUGGAGAAAGCCACCCAGCCCCUGGUGAGCCUACAGACAUAGCAGCACAGCACCUCAUACGUUUUGACCCCCAGAAUCCACAUGCCACAGCAGAGAAGAAACUCCUUAUAAGAAAUUCUACUCAUGUGGAACUUCCUUUCUACUGGCAGAUAAUGAAGCCUAAUCUGCAACCAUUAAUGCCUGAGGAAACUGGGGACCUUGCAAAGGUCAAGUACCACCUAGAUGUAGAGUCAGCUUUCUCUCUAAAUCCUAACCUGGGAAUUCUGCAGCCCCACACUGAUCACGUGUUUACUCUCACUUAUGCUCCACAGGAGCUGAAAGAUUAUCACAGUGUGAUUCAAAUUGUACUGAGGGACAUCCCAGAGCCGCCUAGCUCAGAAAAGCAAGUGAUGCCAGGAAAUUCAGAAUCCAAAACAGAUGACGUGAUUGCACUGGAAAUAGAAGUUAAAGGUUCAACAGAACCAUUUCAACUCCUUUUGGAACCAUAUGUCAUUAUCAUCCCUGGAGAAAACUUUAUUGGCGUAAAUAUAAAAAAAGUGUUUAAGAUGUGGAAUAACAGCAAAUCAUCCAUCAAAUAUACAUGGGGAAAAAUCAGUGCACGUGAUAUAGUUGAAGUUGAACCUCAUACUGGAGUGUUAGCUGCCAGUGAAUUCUGUGAAUUUGAAUUGAAUUUUACUGGAGGCAAACCUGGAUAUGCCAGCCAUAACCUGCACUGUAAAAUCGAACACUCUGUGGAGCCAGUUGUGCUGCAUGUGGAGGCUGCUUUUAAGGGUCCAGCUCUCUCUAUCAACGUUCCAUCACUCCAUUUAGGUUUAAUUAAAUUGGGAGAAAAUGUGUUAAGUACCUUUGAGAUUCAAAACCUAAGUCAAUUGCCAGCAUGGUGGAGAAUGCAAGAAAGUCAAGCUUGCUUAGCUGAAAGGAACGAAGACGCAUCCCCAUUCACGAUUCAGCCAUCUGAUGGAGAAUUACCUCCUUUGGGCAAAUGCAGUGUGUCUGUUCUGUUCAGGUCCUUGCUAUGUCAACGUCUCCAGACAGUGUUAGAGCUAGACGUCGAAAAUGGAGAAGGAAGUCAUCUUCCUGUUUUUGUUGAAGUUCAGACCCCCCAAGCGUGUCUGAUGUCUAGUUACUUGGUGUUCAGUGAAAUUUAUAUUGGAGUUCCAGCACAAGGAACCGUCAAACUCUUUAACCAGACACUGCUGCCAGCAAAAUACUUUUGGGAAGAGCUUAUCGGAAGUCAGUCAGCUUUCUGCUCUGCCACUGUCUCCCCAAGAAGUGGCACUUUGGGCCCACAUGAAGAAAAAGAAUUGUGUAUAGAGCUAACAGCUAAUAUUAUGGAUGAGCUGAACGACCUUACCCUCUGCUGUAGCAUAGAAGAUAUGAUUGAACCUCUUUUUCUGGGCAUUUCUGGCCAAGUAAAGGGACUACAUGUUACAUACUUGAUACCUUGUGACAGUAAAGUUACCAGUGAUGAGAAGCAAAUGUUACAAAGUCCUCAAGAUCUUCUGUUGGACUUUGGAUCUGAAGUUGCAUUGAAGAGCAUAGUAACGCGCCAGCUAAUACUUACCAAUCAUACUGGAAUCGAUGCCCCAUUCACACUAGAAGCUGAGUAUUUCAGUAGCUGUCCAGUUAUCUCAGAGGAACAAGGAAACUAUCUCUCCACAGCCAGUAUGGUGAAAAGAACAGCACAAAUCAGAAGACAUGCAGCCAAGAAAGCAGAGUCAGCAUUUGUGCUGACAUUACUGUCUCAUGGGAGAGGAGUGGCUUUCCAUGCCCAACCUUCCACAGGAACUCUGAAAGCCUUCAAGCAGCUAAUCAUAGAAAUAACAGCUUAUAACAACAUGUGGGGAGAGUACCAUGAUGAUCUCAUCUGUAGGGUGGGAGAUUUACAGCCUACAUUAAUUCCUAUGCAAAUGACUGUGAAAGGUUGCCCAAUCUUCUUGCAGAUGACAGGACCUCAGACUGACCAUCAAACAAAGAUACCAAUAAUCAGGUUUGGUGCUCAUGUCUCUGGUGGGGAUACGGUCUCCCGCUGCAUCAGACUCAACAACCCCACUCCUUGUGACAUCCGCAUGGACUGGAAAACUUACAAUCAAGAAAAAGAUAAUGAGAAGCUGGUGGACCUCUUGCUGUUUUAUGGCCCUCAUUUUCCUAUUAAGGACGUAGAUGAGAAUGAGAUUGAGUCAAAUGCUAGCACCUCAGAGACUGAAAUCCUGUUAAACUGGGAUAAAAUCUCUAGCAGCCCAGACACCAUUUCUCCAGGUUCCCUCAUAACAGAUGAUGAGUCCGAUGUAGACAACAAGGAAGAGGAAGGAAGGAAUGAUUCUGAAGACUGGAGACCAGUAAAUAAUCAAAAGAAAAUCAUCUCUGUACUUAUACAAGCUCAUGAAGGGGUUCCUUCCGAUUAUCCCUACUGUAUAACUCCUACACAAAUGGUUGUUCCUGCAGGUGGCAGUGCCUCCAUUCAUAUUUCCUUCACUCCAUUCACCUUACCCAAGCUCAUUAACAAAAUUGAAUGCGAGGGGUAUGCAUUGGGUUUCAUGAGUCUAGACAGCAAGCUUGCACAAGGAAUACCUGGCAAGGUGACUCGUUCAUAUGGCUAUGGAGUUGCACCUUUGAGAAUGGACUUGCAAGCUUUUGUAAAACCUGCUCUGUUAACUGUAGAAAUGGAUCAUGACGGAGGAAUGGUGUUUCAUUCCAUGGCAAGUGAUCUCAUACCAAAUCAACCCCAUUCUGGAGUUUUGACAGAAUCAGUCAUUACUCACAACCUGAAACUCACCAAUUCCACAGAGGCUCCUCUGCACUUCAGGAUUCUUCUAUCUGUGCCCUUCACUGUGUCCAGUAUCGACCCCAACAGGAGCCUGAAAACAUCCCACAGCGACAGGGAGGAGCAAGGGAAGCAACUUCUACUUCAUCCACAGCAAAACAUGCUAGUGAAAGUGUCCUUUCACACAACUCUGGAGUUACUUACAUAUCAGAAUCUGCCAGCUGACCAGCUGCUCUCAGGAAUCAAAGUGCUCCAGUUUGAGAAUGGAGACAGGAAAGUCGAAUUCAGUCAAAAUCUGGUUAUUGAAUACAGUAACAGAACAACCCAGCUCGUGCCAGUGACUGCAUACCUUACUGUCCCAAUACUGGAACUCUCUUGUGAGACAGUUGAUUUUGAGACCUGCUUUGUAGACCAAACUAGGACAGAAGAUGUCUCUCUCUUAAACAGAAGCAGAUGCAGAAGUUAUUGGACUGCUUUACUGGACCAACAGGAACAGCGUAACAACAUGGAAAUCUUUUCCAUCUGCCCCACUCAUGGAAUUCUUGAGGCACAUGAAGCCAGCUUACCCACCAAAGCAACUUUAAAAAUCAGUUUUACCGCAAGGAGUAACGUGGAAUAUGAAGCUACAGUGACUGUUUUUGGAAUGCUGGGAGAAAAGCCCUGCAAACUACAGAUCGGAGGCAGAGGAUCUUACGAUGAGAAGUAUGAAGAUCUCCGCUUAAUAUAAGGGAAACAGUAUAGAUUAGGUGUCAGUAUAGAUAACGUGUCAUUCUUGGCUAUUGAAGUCACUGGAAGUUACAUAUGUAUACUGAAUGGCACUAUUUAAACUACAUUGCCUAUAUUUUCUUGCACUUGAGAUUUAAAUAAAAAUUGUAGUUUUAAAAUAAAUUCCAAGUAAGGUAUAACAAAGAAUUUUACUGAACUAUGAUAAUUGUCUACUGGACAAAUCCCAUUCAACAGGUGUUGAAUCAAAGUAGUAUGUGUUGAGUUUUUACAGUUACCUCUUAUUGGCAUAUGCCCAUGGAUACGUCCAAGGUAUCUGUUUUUACAAAGCAGGGCAAUUUUAAAAGAACUGUGAAGGAGGCUCCUGUAACUGUUUAGUUUGCUCUUUGGUUUAAAAGUAAGUCAGCCGUUAAUUCCACAUUAUAAUAGUUAGGUACAAACUAGAGUCAGAAACAGUGAACAAGACCAUCAUUCUGACUGCCUCAGUUUCUUUCAGUGCCUUGUAAUAUGAAAGUCAAUGGGAGCUGGGUAUCUAUAUUCAUUAGGCACCUUUAAAAAAUACCAACCUAAACGUUUAACUGGUAAGUGUCUGGGAGUUGGUCAUGCCCCCCUAUCCCUGCAAUUACAGAAGGGGGAUUCCAUCCCACUUCAUUUUCUUACUCUCCCUUGGUUCCCACCUACUCACACUUUCCUCUUUACACAGUAGUACCAAUAAAACUGAAAGUCAGUCUGAUAUUCCCAUUUCUGAGAGCAUAACAGUUUCCCACCUUCAUCCUGCAACACAAGUAUUUUGCAGGCAGUUGUGGGGAAUCUUUGUUGGCAAAGAGCAGAAAUAGAAGUUGUUUUAGCAAGUGUCAGACAGGUUUGUUCAACCAAUCAGAAUCCCUUUUAUCCAUAAAAGCCUGGGCCAGAAUUUUCAAAUGUGGGCAUGUGAAGUGAGGCAUCUCAUAGAC